GCGGCGAUGGAUGCAGCAGCGAUGGAACCCGGCUUCUUUUUUUAAGAAUCAGUGUGAGGGAAGGGAGCAGAUCUGCGUUAUUUUAGGGAGACCUUGUCGCACUCCCCCUCGCGCGUGUAGGUAGCGUCUGAGAUGUGUGUGGGCCCCAUGGGGAGACGCUGGCGGUGGCAGCUGGGGCUCCUACCGUGGCUGCAGCCGGCAGUAAUCCGACCCAGCCAGCGCGAGGACUGAAGAGGCGCACGGAGAGCCUCGAGCUGCGAACAAAAGCCCUCGGCGCGGGACCGGAGACCGGGACAUAAGACUCCACAAAGGAACAGAGCUCAGCCAUGGUGGACCCCGUGCCUGAAGAAGAAAAGGCGGGAGCUGAGCCUGGAGGUCCGGGAGGGAACGGAGCCUCCGCGCCGGUGCUCGCUGACGCCCAGGGCGCCCAGCAGCCGGCUGCCGCUUCGCCCUCGGCUUCGGCCUCUGCGGCGGUGCCCCACAAGGCUGAAGUCCCGUGCGCAACAGAAGGUGGACGGCGGGAGCAAUCUCCAUUGCUGCACCUCGACCUCUUCAACUUCGACUGUCCAGAGGCGGAGGGCAGCCGCUACGUGCUGACAAGUCCCCGCUCGCUAGAGGCCUGCGCUCGCUGCGCCGUCAAGCCAGUGGAGCUGCUGCCACGGGCCCUGGCAGACCUGGUUCGCGAGGCUCCCGGCCGCUCCAUGCGAGUGGCCACCGGCCUGUAUGAGGCCUACGAGGCGGAGCGGCGCGCCAAGCUGCAGCAGUGCCGGGCUGAGCGCGAGCGCAUCGUGCGCGAGGAGAAGCGGCGGCUCUUCACGCCGAUGGGCCCAGCGGCCGCCGUGGCCGCGGCCUCCGCCCCCAGCGCGGGCAUCUGCAGCAGCGCCAGCCUUCCGGCCUCGCCCGCGCCGCGUGCGGCCCGCAAGGCCGCCUCCAGUCCGUCCCCGGCCCGGACUCAACCUCCGCCCGCGAGUUCGCGGGCGGGAAGAAAGAGCCAUUCGCUAGAUUCGCUGUCCCGCCGGCGCGAGGGCGCCCUCAGUUCUGAGUCCGGCGCUUCGUCCUCGUCCUACAGCGGAGAGAGUCUGCGGGAUCUUUGCUGGCCGCCGCGGGCCUCGGCCAGAAACAGCUGCCCGGCGGGGUCGGCCUCCCCCGCGUCCAACCCUCUGGGCCGCCCGGGCGCCCUCGCCCUGGUUCCACUCACCGGCCGCAGCUUUAGCCUCGGCGACCUGAGCCACUCCCCGCAGACUGCUCAGCACGUGGAGCGCAUUGUGCGUCAAGUGCACGCCGAGCGGGGCCUGCGCGGGGUACCCGAGCGCGACCGAAAGAUCGCGGCGCUCAUGCUGGCGCGGCACCAGGAGGAGCGCCUGUUGCUGGAGCAGCGCGCCGCGGCCCACGGCCAGUGGGAGCAGCAGCGUGUGCGCGCCGAACAGCGGCGGGAGCGCGAGGAGCGCGAGAAGCAGCGCGCCCUGGAGCAGGGUCGCCGGGCCUGGGCUACGCAGGUGGAGGAGCGGCGCGGCCGCCGGGGCCGCGAGGAGCGAGAGGCGGCGCGGCGGCGGCAGCGGCAGUGCGAGCGCAGCGAGGAGCGGCGGCGGGAGCUGGCCGAGCACCAGGGCCUGCUGCGGCGGGAGCGGGCGGAGCGCGCGGCCCGGGAGGACCGGCUGCGCAAGCUGCACCAGGAGCAGAACCUGAAGCAGCGCGAGGAGGGCCUGCAGGAAGGGCGCGAGCGGACCGAGCAGGUCUGCAGGGAGCGCUCCCAGCGCGCGGCCCGCACCAAGCAGUGUCAGGACGGCCAGCUGCAGCGGGAGAAGCGAGAGCUGAGCCGGGCCGAGCGGGCACGCCACGAGGCGCUGCUGCAAGGCCGAGCCCGGCAGGAGCAUGAGGAUCGGGAGGGCCUGCGGAGCUCCCUGGAGGCCAGCUUGGGCCGCGCGCAGGAGAACUAUGAGCAUUUGGUGGAGCAGCGCACCCGGGAGCUGCGCGAGCGGGCCCGGCGGGAGGAGCUGCAGGGUCGGCGGGCCAAGGAGGCAGCAGAGCGCAAAGAGCGCGAGCAUCAGGCGCACCUGAAGGCGCUGGCCCGGGCAGGGGAGCUGCGACUGCAGCACGCAGCGCAGGCCGCCGAGGAGGCGGUGCAGCAGAAAGCGCGGCGCGUGGGCCAGAACCGGUUGGAGAAGGAACGGGCCCAACGCGCCAACAAGGAGAAAGUGGAGAGGGACGAAGACUGCCGCCGGCGGGAGCUCCUCCAAGCCAUCGGGCGCAAACUGGAGCGCAGCGAGCAACUGUCGCGCGAGCGGCGUAGCGCGCUAGAGAGCGCCCGCUCCACAGCCCGGGCCUCCUUCCACGUGCGCGAGAAGGUGCGCGAGGAAACCAACACGCGCUCCUUCGACCGCAUGGUGCGGGAAGCCCAGCUGCGCGCCAGCCUGGACCGCAAAUGACCGCCUCUCUGAGCCG